UGAUGAAAUUGCUGCAUUGACAAACAAGCUGAGUACAGCACGUGUCAAUAAAAACUUUUGGAUUCUUCCUCUUCAUUCAAGUAUUACGGUUGAAGAGCAGACCAAAGUGUUCAGAGAUCCUCCUCCAAAUCACAGAAAGGUUAUUUUGUCUACGAACAUCGCAGAAAGUUCUAUAACUGUUCCUGAUAUCAAAUAUGUUAUUGAUUUCUGCCUUACUAAGAGCUUAGUAACUGAUCCAUUUACAAAUUAUACUUGCCUUCAGCUUGAAUGGGCAUCUAAAGCAAAUUGCAUUCAAAGAAAAGGAAGAGCUGGUCGAGUCGAUAUCGGCAAAGUGUACAGAAUGGUGCCAAAGUCAUUUUAUGAAGAUUUUGCUGACUAUGGUAUUCCUGAAAUAAAGCGGUGUCCCUUGACUAGUACUAUUUUGCACAUUAAGAAACUUGAUCCAGGUGAACCAAAAGAAAUGUUGGCGUUUGCUUUGGAACCUCCGAACCAGCGUGAUAUAGAGACUGCUGUUCUUCAACUAAAAGAGGCUUUUGCACUGAUACCAAAUUCAAAUGGAAUUUAUGAUGGUGAUUUGACGUUUAUUGGCCGUGUGAUGGCCAAUUUGCCAUUGGACAUAAAACUGAGCAAGUUGAUUGUCUUUGGAUAUGCAUUCAAUUGUCUUGAAGAGUGUAUCAUUAUAGCUGCCAGUUUGUCCCUCCAAAGCUUUUUUGCAAGACCGUUUGAUAAAGCCCUUGAAGCUUACAAGGAGCAACUUUUGUGGAGUAAAAACACAGCUAGUGACUGCUUGGCAUAUCUCUAUGCAUACAGGACAUGGAAAAGAAUGUCGGAUCAAGGCCAGUUCCUAAGACCUGGUGGGGUGUCAGAAGCAACAUGGUGCAGAAAUUCAUUUAUCCAACUCAAGAGGAUAAAAGAGGCUGAUAUGCUAAUCAAAGACAUCAAGAGCAGGCUGGAAAGAUUAAAUAUUGUAAUAAGAAAACCAGGCAAAAGCAUGACCCAUGAACAAGAAGUCUUGAUAUUGAAGAUUCUCAUUGCUGGAGCAUUUUUUCCUCAUUAUUAUCUGCAAGAGCCUCUUGAAGAGACGCAAAUCCUGAGAGAAAUUAAUGACAAUGAUCCCUACUCUACUGUUGUUCUGUCAAAUCUCCCUCCAAAUCAAGGUUUGCUGUAUGCUUGUGCUGUGAGAGACAUGCUGAGCUGCUGUAGCACUCAUUUAAAUAUUGAAUUUGAAGAAAGAAAAGCUUAUAUCAGAUUUGAGCGAAAUCAUGAAGUUCCUUCCAAUACUGUUCUUCCUGCUGUCUACUUGGCUGUUAAAAUGAGAAAACUCCAGAAAGGUCCCUCUAAGCGAGCAGGAUUUGAACUGUCUGUUUUUAGUCCAGAAGAGGCGGACAGGAAAAUGAAGCAAAUGGAAAAGCUUAUGAAUGCAUCAUCAGAAAAUUCUUUACAUUCACAUAGGUACACAGUGCAAUUGAACCCAACAUCAGCUUUGAAAACAGUUCAGUUACCAAGUUUGGAUUAUGAAUGUGUACCUAUCUUCAUAUCUCACUUCAACAAUUGUAGCCAUUUUUGGGCUCGAUAUCUCAGUGGACAGAUUGGCAAUUCCUUAAGAUUUUUAGAGACAACUGUCAAUUUUAAUCAAGGAAAAAAUUUAAAACCAUUGAGCAAAAGGGCCGAAGUGAAUAUGCUAUGCCUGGCUCCCUAUUCUGAAAAUAGGAAUGGGCCUACACUGUAUUACAGAGCUCAAGUACAAGAUGUGAAGAAUAAUAUUGUUAAGGUAUUUUUUGUUGAUUAUGGUAACAUGGAGAAGGUGGAUGAAAAAGACCUGAGAGAAAUUGAUGAAAAUAUUCCUGAUUUGUUAAACACACCAGCUUUGGCUUUUGAAUGCUUUCUGUCAGAAGUGAAGCCAUCUUCUUUACUGGAUCCUUCUGGAAACUGGUGCCAAGAAGCAAAUAUGUGGUUUAAAAAUCAGAUCAAUGGUGCUAGAUUGCAUGCAAAGGUGUAUUCCAUUGUUCAAAACACAGUUCGGCUAGAACUUCUGAAAACCACUGAAGAAAAUUAUAUUAUGAACAUCAACCAAGCACUGAUCGAUAUGAAAUAUGGAGAAAAAGCGGAAGAAAGCUUUGUUUCGAAGCAAAACCAUGAUAUCAGAUUGGAGUAUUUAAGUUAUGCUGCUAAUCAACCUCAAGUGUUCGAUACUGCUUCCAAUACUGUCCAGUUUUCUUUGGAAGAUGCUACCAAAUUUAGUGAUCUGAAGACUACAAAUCGUAAGGUUUAUCUGCAUGGUCCUAGUAAUCCUCUUGAAGCCAAAUAUAUAGGACUUACAAGUACAGAUACUUGCAGAUGCAUCCAAGUAGAAGCGAGCAGCUUAAACAACAUUUCCUUCAAUUCUGAACCUCAGGAUCCAAACACGACCAUGUUGGUUGCUGCCCACGUUGGUGUGGGUGCAGAAACUGGUCAACUGAUGCUCAGGAACACAACCUUGAUGCCGAAAAUUCUCGGGCUUCCUUCUUUGAUUUGUCUUAUUUUUGCACCCUAUGCUGAAAUCAGGACAGACAAGGAUAGAAAGACUUACACCGGUGCAUUAUGCGGCUUAGGAUAUGAUUCAAACACAGGAGAUGCUCUAUAUCCAGAGCAUGAUAUCGAAAUAGCCUUCGACACAGAAUUUCCAUUGGAAGAUAUUUGUCAGGUUAAUGGAGUAAGGAUGGCUUUCAACAUGUUGUUGGGUACUGAUGGUGAUUUAGCUGACUAUUCUAGCAGAUCCAGAGCUUAUAUGCAUGAAAAAUUGAAGAGUAAUCUUUUCCAGUUGUUGGAACAGAGGAGAACGCCGAAGACGCCGCAGAUGUUCCGGUGCGAGGGGAAAUGGAACAUGAUACCGCAGGAAUUUUUGCUGAACGCGGAGCCGGAAGACAGCCACAGGGCGGACUACAUCUCCAUCCUGCCCCUGCACACCCCCAGCAGUCUGGAGGAGAACUACGAGGGGAUGAAGACGCAUCUGGCCGAGCUGUACAAGAUGGUGGACAAAUCAACGACUAACAUCUUCAAACUCAUCCGAUGCCAACUGUGCUCCAAAGAUCUGCCGAACACGAGGGAUUUACUGCUGCAUCUGGACUCUCAAUUGCAUCAAGAGAAAGAAAAACAAUUCAAACAAAAAGCAGGGUAUCAAUGAUCCAUUCAUUCCAGAACUUUUCAUUGAGCUUAGCAUUUCUUUCACUUGUAAAUAAAACCAUUCCGGGCAAUUUUCUAUGGCCGCGAAACUUCAUCGGGUGUAUGAUAUUGUAUAUGCUUGGAAAUCAAAUUAAAUAAAAUUUGGAAACAUG